GGGUCGACAACCUUGUCACUUCGCUUGGCUGGUUUGCCAGCAAAAACCAGCCAAGCGUCGCCGCUUGCCAACUUGUCACACAGAGAACACCGCAGCGAUUAGGCAUCACAAUGCCUGCCAUCAUCAAGAAUCUCCUCCGCGCCCGAUCCGAUGCCGCAUUGCUUGGCCCGCUCGCGGCGCGGUCGGUUCUCCUGGGCCGAGACCAGGCGGAGCCGCCGCGAGACCCGGCAGCCGGCACGAUCCAUCCGCAGGACAUCAACAACAAUGCUGUCUUCGCCAUUUUCGGCCUGAUUGGCGCCGGUUUUGUCAUAGUGGGCAUCUGGUUCUUUUUCUGGGCGAAGAACGGAGGCUUCUACUUCAAAAAGGGCGACUGGGAGGACUACAAGUCGACCGUUCUCCGGCGCAAGGGACCCAACGGCACCGUCUACUCGAAUGCGACACCCAGCACCGUCCUUGGCGGCGGCAGCGUCUACAAAGACGUGGAAGACGGAACUACCACCACCGGCGAUGACCUGACCACCGUCGUCAGUGCGACGACGGGCAUUACAGGCAUCACCGGCGGCGUGUCCGAUAUCUCUGGUCGCGAGAAGCGGCGCAGGAAGCGAGAACAGAAGGAGCGCGAAAAGGAGCGCCGCCGCGAGGAGAAGGCACGUGAGAAGGAACAGCGCAAGAAGUCCCGCCGUAAGGUCGACGCCGACGGCAUCGUCGUCGACGAGGAGGCGGAGGCCAAAGCCAAGGAGCAACUGCGCAGCUACCGCCAUGAGAAGCCAGCCCGCGUGGGCGGCAUGAACCGCGAGGCCGAGGGCUCCAGCUGGGACGGUUCCACCAACCCGACCUGGUCGACCGCGAGUCCCAGCCAAGCCGGCGCCGCCCCUUCCACCGUCGACACCGGCAGCGACGUCACGUCGGAUCUCAUCAGCAACCGCCAGAGCACGCCUACCAACACGCCGACCAAAAAGGACGGCAAGGAGCGCACGGGAGGCGGCAUCCGUAAGGUCUAUUCCACCGCCGACAAGAACGCGAUGCGCGAGAACGAGCGCAUCCGGGCCGAGGCGCGCCGCCUGCAAGAGAAGGGCCGCGCGGCGGCGGCGGCGGCGUCGUCAUCCGCCCUCGCCCCCAUCCGUCGCGACUUCAGUUUCAUCCGCGGUGCCGACGACACCAUGGCGCUGCGCCGCAUCGACGAGGUGCCUACCGAGAGCGUCGUCAGCGGGGCCACCAACACCACCACCGACGACGCGGCGGAGAAGCAACGCGCGCGCUCGCGCUCGCGACACCGGAGCGCCGCCCCGAGCGACUCGAGGGUGCCUGGCAGCUGGGCCGAGAGCGAGGCCGGCGGCAGCGACCUCGGCACCAAGGUGUACCGGCACUCGCACCACAUCCCGACGGCGGCGAGCUCGGUGACGGGCACGUCGGUGACCGACUUCGCGUACGCGGAGGAGAAGCGGAAGAAGAGGGGCGGCGCGGGCGCGAGGAGGCACAGGGAUCGGGGCGGGGAGGAGGAGCGUGCCGCGUGAGAGGUUUGAGUCUCUAGAGACUCACGAGGGGGAGAAGCAAAGCAAGGGCUUUUCCGUAGGCAGGCGUUUGUGGCGACCGCCAAUGGGCAUGUUGUAUGGAUGAUGGGGCAUGGAAUGAUGGCGGUCAUGGUCUUCACGUAGAGCACGGCGGACAGCUGGUUGGACGAAUGUGUUUACAUCAUGUACGGAACUACGAAACUACGAAUCAUAUAUGCUUAUUCCCCUUGCGCAACUUUCCAACCCGUUGUCGGCGCCGGC